AUGGCAGGGAAGACAUACAAACUACUAAACUGUGACAAGCACAAGUCUAUGUUGUUGAAGAAUGGGCGGGACCCGGGGGAAGUGAGACCAGACAUAGCUCACCAGAGUUUACUGAUGCUGAUGGACAGUCCCCUGAACCGAGCUGGCUUGCUGCAGGUUUAUACCCACACACAGAAGAAUGUGCUGAUUGAAGUGAACCCCCAGACUCGAAUUCCCAGAACCUUUGACCGCUUUUGUGGCCUCAUGGUUCAGCUUUUACACAAACUCAGUGUUCGAGCAGCUGAUGGCCCCCAGAAGCUCUUGAAGGUAAUUAAAAAUCCAGUGUCAGAUCACUUCCCAGUUGGAUGUAUGAAAAUUGGCACUUCUUUUUCCAUCCCAGUCGUCAGUGAUGUGCGAGAGUUGGUCCCCAGCAGCGACCCUAUUGUUUUUGUGGUGGAGGCCUUUGCCCAUGGCAAGCUCAAUGUGGAAUAUACAGGGAAGAUGGUGUCCAUCAGCAACUACCCCCUUUCUGCUGCUCUAACCUGCGCAAAACUUACCACAGCCUUUGAGGAAGUAUGGAGGGUCAUUUGACAGUAGGACCUUGCUCUGAAACAGAGACUAUUGACAUUGCAUCCCUUGACUCUUCUAACUCCCUGUUGGAUGAUGACCUUCCUGAACCAAGACUGGGGUUAGUGGAAGCCAAGGCUGAAUGUACAUUUGCUAUUUGUUUAUCUUAUAAACACUGUUCUUGCAAA